UAAUUAAUUGCAGCUAAGAAAUGAAACUCAAAGUUUUCCACUCACACAGAGGCCCAACUCCUAUCAAGAUUUACCGACAUGGUGACAGAAGUCCUGUUUCAACUUUUCCCACUAAUACGAUUAAAGAAGAUGUUUGGCCACAAGGAUAUGGACAACUCACUACGCUUGGAAUGCAGCAGCAAUACAAACUGGGUGAAUACAUAAAGAAGAGAUAUGAAGGCUUCUUAAGCGAUACCUACAAGCGAAAGGAAAUAUACGUUCAAAGUACAGAUUAUGACCGAACCAUUAUGAGUGCUGAAGCCAAUCUGGCUGGUCUCUUUCCUCCUACAUGCAGUGAGACCUGGAAUCAAAAGAUCCGUUGGCAACCUAUUCCAGUUCAUACCGUGCCUCGUUCAAUGGAAAAGUUGUUAUAUUACCCUAUUCAAGGCUGUCCAAAGUUCUAUCAACUUCUGAAGGAAACCUUUGGAUCAAGAGAAGUCCAGGGAGAACUGAAAGGGCACAUGAGAUUUCUAACUAAAUUGGCAAGUCACAUGGGAUAUGACUUGAAGACUCUUCUGGAUGUUAACAAUCACAAACUCUGGAAUGUAUAUGAUACUUUACUUAUUCAGAAAAUUCAUAAGCAUCCUGUACCAUACUGGGCUGGACACCACACCAUGGAAAGACUGAAAAAUAUUUUGGCAUUUUCCUUAAAUGCAAUAUUUGGGGUACACAAAAGAGAAGAGAAAUCACGACUACAAGGAGGUCUCCUUGUGAAAGAUAUUUUGGAUAAGAUGACACAAGCUACUCAGUCUACUGAUGGAAGAAAAAUGUUAAUGUAUUCAGCACAUGAUAUCACACUAGUUGCUCUCCAGGUAGCACUCAAUGUUUUCAAAGUAAAGCUACCUCCCUAUGCUGCUUGCCAUUUUUUUGAGUUAUAUAAAGAAGACAAUGGUGAGUACACCAUCAAGAUGUACUAUCAGACUACCACUUCUACUCCACCUCAAGCACUUAUUUUGCCAGGCUGCUCAGCGGCUUGUCCCUUGCAGAAGUUUAAAGAACUGGUUUCUCCUGUCAUAACGAAUGACUGGCAAAAAGAAUGUAAUAAUGUAGGAGGACAUAAAUGAGAGGAUGAAAACAAAAGCCAAAGAAAGUACAAAUCAGCAAAUUAACAUAUCCCGUGGAAGGAAACAGGAUAGCAAAUAAGUUGCAACACUACAUGACUGUUAAUGCUUUCG